GCGCGAGGGCCUGGGCAGCUCCUGCUCCUUUGAAGGAGAAGGUUCUGUGUCAGGCGGAGGCUGGAGGCCGCCAUGUUGCUCUCCGCGCCUUUCCGGGCCGCCUUUGCGCGUUCGUUUGGACUGUACCAGAGAUGCCUGAAGAAGGAAGCAGAUUGAUUUGGCAAGAAUUUCUGCUGCAUUCUCCACUGUAGUUAUUUGACCUACCCAAGUUUAUGCCAUAAUGGAUAAUGGACAACAGUCAAAGGCUCCCUAUCUGACUGGCUAGGACUAAAAAGAAGCGAAUAAAAAGCAUGGCAGUGGGAAUUCUUAUUCUAAAUCAACGUGGGCAAGAGCUACAAAAAGAGUGAGAGUUGUGUGACCCUCCAUAUGUUCUUGGACUACAGCUCCCAUUAGCAGAGCAAGGGAAUGGUGGCACAGGUUCGCUGCCUUCAUACAACAGCUGCAUGCAGUGGUGGUGGAGGAGCUUUGUUUGUGCACAGGGAUACUCCUGAAAACAAUCCAAGCACCCCAUUUGAUUUUACACCUGAAAACUAUGAGAGGAUUGAGGCGAUAGUAAACAACUAUCCAGAGGGACACAAAUCUGCAGCAGUUAUUCCAGUCCUGGAUCUAGCCCAAAGACAGCAUGGAUGGCUACCUAUAUCUGCUAUGAAUAAGGUUGCUGAAAUUCUAAAGAUGCCUCCUAUGAGAGUUUAUGAAGUAGCAACCUUUUAUACAAUGUAUAAUCGUAAACCAGUUGGAAAAUACCAUAUUCAAAUCUGCACCACCACACCUUGUAUGCUGCAAGACUCAGAUAGCAUAUUAGAAGCCAUUCAGAAAAAGCUUGGUAUAAAAGUUGGGGAAACAACAUCUGAUAACCUUUUCACUCUGACUGAAGUGGAAUGUUUAGGAGCUUGUGUAAAUGCACCAAUGGUGCAAAUAAAUGAUAACUACUAUGAAGAUCUGACAACAAAAGACAUUGAAGAAAUACUUGAUGAACUGAAAGCUGGAAAAGUUCCAAAACCUGGACCAAGGAGUGGACGCUUCUCUUGUGAGCCAACUGGCGGGCUUACGUCUCUGACAGAACCACCAAAAGGACCUGGCUUUGGAGUUCGGUCAGACCUUUAGAACUGUUUUCUCAUUGUAAAAAAAAAUCUUCAAAAAUAAAAUCUAAAAUGUGGAUACAUUAAAA